AUGUCUCCUAUACACUCUCUCCUCUUUGCCGUUGCUGCUUCUACCGUAUCUACUCUUGCGAUCCCCAUCCUUCAACCCACAGAUGUCCUCCGAUUGAGUCCCGAUGGCUCUUUCCAGCUCAGCAUAUUCAGUGACUUGCAUUUUGGCGAAGCUGAAGAUACGCUCUGGGGUCCGCUGCAAGAUGUCAAGAGUGCUAGGGUCAUGAACUCUGUGCUUGAUGCAGAGAAUAGCACCGGCUUGAUUGUCUUGAACGGCGAUCUUAUCACUGGCGAAAACACUUUUCUUCACAACUCUACUAAAUACCUCGACGCUGUGGUCGCCCCAUUGGUGCAUCGCGGUAUGAGCUGGGCCAGCACUUAUGGCAAUCACGAUAGCGACUUCAACAUCUCACGUCAAGGCAUCUUCGAGCAAGAGUCAAAAUACUCGCUUAGUCGUACAAAGAACAUGGUCUCCUCCUCCGAUGCCGGCGUCUCGAAUUAUUAUCUGCCUGUCUACGGCAACGACUCAGCCGUACCUGGAUUCCUGCUCUGGUUUUUCGACUCACGAGGUGGCAACUACUUCCAACAGUCAUCUUCCAGCAGCAAAUCUGUCCCUCAACCCAAUUGGGUAGCUCAAAGCGUCGUUGACUGGUUUACUGAAACUAGAUCUGCUUUGGAGAAAAAACACAACCGUGUUGUACCCAGUGUCGCUUUCGUCCACAUCCCUGUCAACGCCAUGGCAGCUUUCCAAGCUCAGGGCGUGGACACACACCGUGAGCCCGGUAUCAAUGAUGAUAAUCCUCUGGCCCAACAAGGAUCUGCUUCCGGUCAAGGCGAUGUCAGUGGUGCUGUGUUCACCUACAACGGCCAAGACAUUCCAUUCAUGCAAGCUCUUUUGGACACCAAAGGACUCAAAGCAGUGUUCUCAGGCCAUGAUCAUGGCGACGACUGGUGCUUCAGAUGGGACUCCAAGCUCAAGGGCAUGAAUCUGACCGGUAACGGGCUGGAUCUUUGCUUCGACAGACGCAGCGGGUACGGCGGCUACGGAUCUUGGACAAGAGGAAGUAGACAGGUUGUGCUACGUAAAGGCAAAGACGAGGUGCAGACAUGGGUAAGAUUGGAGGACGGAAGCAUCAGUGGCAAAGUCACUCUCAACGGAACGUACGGACAGGACUCAUAUCCUUCUGUAAAAGCAUGA